GGGAACCAUCUCAGGAGCAGAGCACCGGCAGCCGCCUGCAGACCCGGGCAGUACCUCACUAUGGCCAUGGCAGGCAUCUUCGUGCUGUUCUCUUUUGCGCUUUGUGGCUUCCUCCCAGAUGCUGCCUUUGGGGUUGAGGUGGACUGCAGUAGGUUUCCCAACACGACAAAUGAGGAAGGCAAAGAAGUAUUGGUCUGUGCUGAGGACCUCCGCCCCGUCUGCGGUACCGAUGGAGUCACUUACAGCAGCGAGUGCUUGCUGUGUGCCUACAACAUAGAAUAUGGAACCAAUAUCAGCAAAGAGCACGAGGAAGAAUGCGGGGAAGCUGUUCCUAUGGACUGCAGCAGGUAUCCCAACACGACAAAUGAGGAAGGCAAAGUGAUGAUCCUCUGCAACAAGGCCUUCAACCCUGUCUGUGGCACUGAUGGAGUCACCUACGACAAUGAGUGUGUGCUGUGUGCCCACAACGUAGAGCAGGGGACCAGCGUUGGCAAGAAGCAUGAUGGUGGAUGUAGGAAGGAACUUGCUGCAGUGAGUGUUGACUGCAGCGAGUACCCUAAGCCUGCCUGCACGAUGGAAUACAGACCUCUCUGUGGCUCCGACAACAAAACAUAUGGCAACAAGUGCAACUUCUGCAAUGCAGUCGUGGAAAGCAACGGGACUCUCACUUUAAACCGUUUUGGACAAUGCUGAAUAUCAAUGCUGGGAGAAUUCACCACAGGAUCCCCACUGGCAAAUCCCAGCAAGAGGUUUCACCUCGGUUCAUCUCGCACUCUGGGGAGCUCAGCUCACUCCUGAUUUUCUUU